GUCGGUCCACGGCAGCUCGCCUCCAGACGCAUCAGAAAGCAGCAGCAGCAGCAGAGGAGAGACGAGUGUUUGCACCGACAGAGCAGCCAUGGAUACGCUGAGGACAGGUGAGCUGGUGCUGCUGGUGCUGCUCGUGCUGCUGGGGCCAGUUUCCUGUCGAGAUAACUUCUUCACGGAGCCGGUUAUUUGCUACUUCCUGGACGGGUUCCUGUUCAUCUACUGCAUCACCGCCACGGCGCUCUUCUUCAGGGAGAAGUUUUCCUUCAUCCCAGCUGAAGAAGGAACUGCGGGGGAAAAGGAAGGUAUAUACCAGGAACUGGAGAGACCCGGGAACGAUGUUUAUCAGGUGCUCGAUCAGAAAAAACCAAAAGUGGGUGACGACCUUCACCGGGAGACUGUUUAA